GGGGACCCCUUUUUGGAGUAGUGGUUUUACGGUCGACAUAACUCAACUAAUAGAUGUUAACGGCAGCAUUAAAAUUAUUUGUUCAGGCGGCCACGAUUCAGACCAAUGAGAAGCUCGGAAAUAGGGCGCACUACCCCUGUGGAUCUACACGGGCAGAUUAAAUCUCCCAGCCAUGAUAUGAAGUUCAUAAACCCUACACUACCCGAGACAACACGUUGACCCAUUGAACGUUGAAAUCACUCCGCGUAGCAUCGAUUCAGACACUCAACCAUGGCGUCCAAGUCGGCGCAUCUGGAACAGGAUGUGAAAUUCAUCAAAACCCCCAAGGCUCAACCAUCCGCAUUUCCAACCGAGGAUUGUGGAGUUCCCACAACAAAUUCUCCCGCCAUCCACAAUGCACCUCUCCCUGCUGAGGGCGCUGGGAGCGAGAGCUUCUCCAAUCUCGUAUUGGGCGGCCUGCUCGUAGGCGUUCCAGUGGUCCUAGCACGCCUUGUUGGCGGUGGAAUCAAAACCACGAUUUUCUUCGGUUUGCUCUCUCUCUUCCCAAUUCUGAUUGCCUACUGGACGUACAAGUCUUCAUCAAGUCCCCCAAUCGUUGACAAGGUCAAACUGCCUGGUCGGCCGGUUGAAUCCUACAUCGCAUUCAAGCGACAGGCUGAUCGCGAAAAAUGGAGUGGAAGGAGCAAAGUGCCUAUUCAGACAUUUUCCGAAAUGUACAUCAACGGCGAAGCUGAUUUCAAGGGCGACACUCUCGAUGUCCUGGAGUACCGACAUGACUGGUCUAAUUUCAGCUUUACGUGGGAUCUUUUCAAGUAUAUCAUCUUCACAUUUGGUCCCGAUGUUCUCUUUCACACGAAAGAACAGGAUAUGGAGCAGAUUCGCCCCAAUUACGACUCUGGAAAUGAUCACUACGCCUGGUUCCUAGGCCCGCGGAUGAUCUACACAAGUGGUAUUAUCUCCGACCCAACACGAGAAGAGACUCUGGAAGAAUUGCAGGACAACAAAAUGGCCAUCGUGUGCGAAAAGCUGGAGCUAAAAGAGGGUGAAACCCUCCUCGACAUCGGAAGUGGCUGGGGCACGCUAACCAAAUUUGCCAGCGUCAACUACGGCGCUAAAGUCACUGGGAUUACUAUCGCUGAGAACGGCGCUGCAUGGGGUAAUGAUAUUCUUCGAAAGGCCGGUAUUCCGGAGAGCCAAAGCCGGAUUUUGUGUAUGGAUUAUCGCGAUGCUCCUAAGCAGAAAUACAACAAGAUUUCGCAGCUGGAAAUGGGUGAACAUGUUGGUGUUAAGAAGCUCACCACAUUCUUUCGCCAGUGCUACGAUAUGCUCGAGGAUGAUGGGGCUAUGUAUGUGCAGCUAUCUGGUUUGAGACAGGCAUGGCAGUAUGAAGAUUUUAUUUGGGGAUUGUUUUUGAACAAGUACAUUUUCCGUGGUGCUGAUGCGUCUACGCCGCUCUGGAAUUACGUGCGGUCACUUGAGAGCGCCGGAUUUGAGGUUAAGAGCAUCGAUACUGUCGGCGUUCAUUACUCCGCUACUAUCUGGAGAUGGUACCGAAACUGGGUUGGCAACGCCGACGAAGUCAAGGCCAAAUAUGGUCAGAGAUGGUACAGGAUCUGGGAGUUGUUCCUUGCCUGGUCCGUCAUUGCAUCUCGCCAGGGCAGUGCCACUUGUUUCCAGUUUGUAGUGGUCAAGAAUCUUAACUCCACUCAUCGCAUCAAUGGCGUUGGUUCUCAGUUUGGGUUGUCCGCUGCUCUUGCUAAGAGCAAAGCGGCUGGCAAAUCUACCAUAGCUGAGUAAAUAGGCAACUUGGACAGAGUCUCCUCGCACGGGGGUUAUGUACCGAGCCGAGUGGACGGAAAUGAUUAGAAGUGAUUAACCGGAUAUUUCGAAUCAUGAAAUAUUGACAAGAUGUUCUUUGCGAUAACACCUUUAUUAGACCUUCAAGCAUGAAGGUUAGGUGCGGUUCGCUAGGAAGGUUACGAGACAUUUAAGUGGAUUGUUGAGGAACUAACUUUGAUACUACAUGAUAAUGAAAUAACUUUUUGAAAGUAAUCAUACCUGUGCUAGUAUUAAAUCUAUAUGCAAGUGAAUGAGAUAAAU